AUGAUUGAGUAUGAUUGUGGUGUUCCAAAUAUGGUGGACUUGUAUUCUAGUCACAUUGGAGGUGGAAGGAGGAUGGUUCGUGGUAAAGCUCCUGGGGUGACAAAUCUUCAUCAUUAUCGAGUUGAAGUUUUUCUAAGUGUGAUUGAUCUACAAUUACAAGAACUUAACAAUCGAUUCAGUGAGAAAACCAAAGAUUUGCUUAUUUGUAUGGCUUGUUUUAGUCCUAGUGAUGGAUUCUCAUCUUUUGAUACAAAACAAUUGUUGAACCUUGCUAAAUUUUAUCCAAAUGAGUUUCCAAAUGAAGAUUUGAUAUUCUUUGAGGAAUCGCUUAUAAGUUACAUUGGUGAUGUUAGAAAUGACGAGCGAUUCUUGGAUGUGAAGACUCUUAACGAACUUUCUUUAACACUUGUUGAGACAAAGAAGCAUGAAACUCAUUCAGAUGUUUACAAGCUAUUGAAGCUUGUAUUGCUUCUUCCAGUGACGACAACAAGUGUCGAAAGAUCAUUUUCCGGGAUGUAUCAUAUAAAAAGUAAAGUGCGAAACAGAAUGGGAGAACAGUUGUUGAAUGAUUGCAUGAUUUCGUUUUUGGAAAAGGAUUUAUUUCUCAAUUUUAGUAAUGAUGCUAUAGUACAUCGAUUCCAAAAUAUGAAAACUAGGCGAGAACAAUUGUAG